AUGGCGCAAGAAAAGACCGAAGCACCAGUCGGAGAAGCUGGCGAGUAUCCCACACGCAUGAAGAUUCCAUACUGGCGCAUAGUUGUAGAUCAAGCAGGGAUCACACCAGAAGUAGCCAACUACCAAUACUCUGGCUCUGGAACUGAAGCGGACCCAUUCUUGGUGCAAUGGAUCCCCAACGAUCCCCGGAACCCCAUGCUUUUCAGUCAGACGACUAAAUGGUUCAUUACCAUGAUGGUUUCCUUGACUACGUUGGCAGUGGCACUGCUGUCAUCCGCCUAUACGGGCGGCAUCCGCCAGAUCAUCGAGGAAUUCGGAAUCUCACAAGAAGUGGCAACAUUGGGCGUCUCCCUUUUCGUGUUGGGAUUUGCUAUUGGACCAUUACUUUGGGCGCCACUCAGUGAAUUAUUUGGACGCCAGUCAUUGUUCUUCGGCACCUAUGCCGUGCUGACCGCAUUCAACGCCGGGUGUGCCGGCGCAAACUCGGCUACAACUCUCAUCGUCCUCCGGUUCUUCGCCGGCGCGUUCGGAUCAUCGCCUCUCGCCAACUCUGGUGGUGUUAUUGCGGACAUGUUCCCGGCUGCGGAAAGAGGUCUGGCUAUGGCCUUGUUCGCAGCUGCACCUUUCUUAGGACCUGUUCUCGGACCAAUUAUUGGUGGGUUUCUUGGAGCUGCAGCUGGUUGGCGCUGGGUCAUGGGCUUCUUGGCUGCCUUUUCUGGGACAUUAUGGCUAUUAGGAUCUGCGUUAGUUCCCGAGACCUACGCUCCGUAUCUACUCCGUUGUCGAGCUGCCAAGUUAUCCAAGAUGACGGGAAAAUGCUACGUGAGCAAGAUCGAACACGAACAGGGAAAGAUUAGCCUGGCGGAGUCUUUCAAGACUGCCUUGUCAAGGCCAUGGAUUCUGUUGUUUCGGGAACCUAUCGUCUUGCUUCUCUCGCUUUACAUGGCCAUCAUCUAUGGAACUCUUUACAUGCUCUUCGCCGCUUUUCCAAUCGUCUAUCAACAAGCGCGAGGUUGGUCGCAGGGAAUCGGCGGUCUUGCGUUCCUUGGAAUCAUGGUCGGCAUGAUCUUUGCCAUCAUCUACACCAUACCCGAGAAUGGCCGAUAUCAACGAGUUCAAGAAAAGAACGGCGGGUUUGCACCUCCGGAAACGCGCCUUAGAUCAGCCAUGGUGGGAGGCGUGGCUGUUCCUGUUGGGCUUUUUUGGUUUGCUUGGACAAACAACCCAUCAAUACACUGGAUGGUUAGUAUUGCUGCUGGCGUACCUUUCGGAUUUGGAAUGGUUCUCCUCUUUUUGAGCAUCAUGAACUACCUCAUCGACUCCUACACCAUUUUUGCAGCAAGCGUACUUGCUGCCAACUCUGUUAUCCGCAGCUGUUUUGGAGCUGCGUUUCCUCUAUUCACGUCUUACAUGUAUAAAGACCUCGGAACCAACUGGGCCUCUUCGAUACCAGCAUUCUUGGCACUUGCAUGCGUGCCAUUUCCGUUUCUAUUCUACAAGUAUGGACCGGCUAUCCGCGCUCGGUGCAAGUUCGCCGCUCAGUCAGAAGCCUUCAUGGCUCGACUGAGGCAAGCGGACGAUCUAACCUCAGAUAAAGAGCCGGAAAACACCACUUCCGCAGAAGUCGUACUGAACGAUGCGAUUGAUUCCCUGACCUCAUCAGGGGACGAUUCCUCCGUUCACCGCCAGAGCACACGACGAACGAUAAGUCUUGCUUCAACUCGGCGAAAGUCAUACGAUGGGAACCCCUAUGAUAUUGACAGAGUGCACACAAGGGAGUCUUUUGGCGCGAGACGGAAAUGA